UACAUCAACCAGGCCGUUCUGGCAGAUUUCUAAAAAGCCUAUGACCCUCUUCGAUGAGACAAAAUAUAAUAAUGGUCAAGUGUUUCACGACGUCCGCUGAAAUCAAAAGAAGUAGGAAAACCCGAAAAAGAAGAGGUGAAAUUUUGGUAAACAUAAAUUUAUCAGCAAAUAAAUUCCCGACUUUCUUGUGUCGAUUUUUAAAGAGAUGUAAAAACAAUUUUCAUCGACAUUAUGUUGCAAGUAAAUUGUACAAGCAUUGCUGGAAACUCUUUUAUUAUUAACGAACACGCGCAACGAGUUUCGAACAGUAGCUGUAGUGAGACUCGCGGAUAUUUCCUAAACUUCACCGAAAAUCUGACGUUUACGGGAAACACAAGGAAAUGUACCUUGGCUGCAGGUGACGAGUUUAAAAUUAAAGCGGAGACGGGUCUUCCAAGUCUUAUAUUUAGGACGACGCGCAGGCGCGAUCCGAUUAGAAAUCCCCGUCGAAGACUUAGAACUUCUGAUUCCUUGAAAUCUGCCGUGUGCCGCGAUUUUCACGAACCUCCUUCGUCGUUGAAUAAAUAUUUCCGUUUAUCUUUACGUAUCGGUAAUUUUCCGCGCGGUGCAAAUUUCAAUUCGCCACACGUGGAUUAAACGUUCAUCGGAUCGGAUAGAUCAACAUCCUGUCGAUCGAAGUAAGCUCUUGCGACAAUAUCUUUCCAAGGGGAAACCAAUUUUGUGCCUCGAGUACAUUUUGAGAAAAUAACAAGAUGGAUCUCGGGGGUGUCGAUGUCUGGGGUCAGAUCGCCGUGGAAACGUCUCAGAUGUUCGUUUCCGAGGGCGGCGUGGUUAAAAGUCGCUUCGCUGGGACAACGAUAGAGAAGCUACCAGACAAGGUAUUGCUAAACGUCUUCAGUUAUCUGUCUCAUCGCGAAAUAUGCAGGGUAGCACGUGUGUGCAAAAGAUGGCGGCAAAUCGCGUACGACACGCGAUUAUGGAAACACGUAUCUCUGCGACCGGAGAUCAGCGGAUUGCACGUGAAUUCUUUGGACAAUCUGCUGCACUUGAUCAGCACGCGUUUUGGAGCUUCGCUGAGGUACAUCGAAUUGCCGAUCGAAUUGAUCACCCACACGGUUCUUCACGAAUUGGCGAAUAAAUGUCCAAAUUUGACUCACAUGCUUCUCGACUUCUCCACUGCCAUGCAGCUGCACGAUUUUUCGGAGAUGCAAGCCUUCCCGACUAAACUCAAGUACAUGUGCAUCUGCCUGUCGGAGGUAAUCUUCAUGGAGGGCUUUAUGAGAAAAAUUUACAAUUUUAUCAACGGCUUGGAGAUCCUUCACCUUAUAGGAACGUACGAGAAGGUGGAGGAGGAGGAGGAGGAAAUCUACGAAGUGAUAAAUGUGCACAAAUUGAAAUCAGCGACCCCCAAUUUGCGAGUAAUUAAUUUAUAUGGGAUCAAUUUUGUAGACGAUUCACAUAUCGACGCAUUUUCUUCCAACUGCAUCCAGCUCGAAUGUUUGGCCGUGAAUUUCUGUGCCAAGGUCACUGGCUCAACCAUGAAGACUCUGUUUCAAAGGAGCAGGAGAUUAAAGUGUCUCCUCAUGCAGGGAACAAAUCUCCAGAGCGAAUACGUGAUGCAGGUAGAAUGGGAAAAGUCGAGCAUCCAGGAGUUGGACGUUACCGCUACAGAUCUGUCAACGGAAUGUCUGAUCGACAUGUUGACCAGAAUUCCAGGCCUUCGUUUCCUGAGCGCUGGUCAGCUGAACGGCUUCAACGAUAGCGUGUUAAAAGCCUGGGCUGAACUCGGCAAUCCUCGGAACCUGAUCGCUCUAGAUCUGGAUAGUUCCGAUAACCUGACCGACGAUGGUCUGCAUAAAUUCUUGUCGAGAUACGGUCAUCAACUCUGGGGGCUCGCCUUAUUCGGCAUGCCUCAUAUCACCGAUCAACUAUGGCAGAGUGUAUUACCCAUAUUGACCAAUGCCAAAAUUCUUGUAAUGGGAACACAGGAGAGGUUAGGCGUGAAUAUUCACGUGGAUCAGUUGAUGGACGGAAUUGCUAACAAUUGUCCAAAUUUGGAGCGGUUGGAACUCCGCUGGGACCCAGAGAAUCUCCGAUUCUCCGACAAAAGUCAGAAGGCUAUAGACAUACUACGUGUAAAAUGCAUUAAAUUACGGUGCUUAAGCUUGAGCGAUGGAAGAUACUAUGAAAUAGUAAAGGCCAAUUUUGAACGCGCCGACAGACUGACGGUCGUUCGUACGACAACGUGCUGCCGCGUGUCUAAUUACUACCUCUUAGCAAAUUAUAAGGAUUUGAUUUUUAAUUAACUAUUACGAUAUAAAUAUUUGUACAUACGCUGCAGGGAUUCGUACAUAAAUUCUUCCAUAAGAUACAAGCACCGAAACGAAGAAGCAUAUCAAGAAGCUAGCGAACAACGACGAUUACGAUAGAACAACGAAUCUACCUGCGAUCACUCAACUACUUACUCCUGCCCACGAAAGACAGAUACAUAUUUUUUUACACUAUUUUCAAGCGCAUAGCGUGAGUAGACGACAGGUCGAAUUACUUCGACCCUUGAAUCUCGAACCGUUUGAUAUUACCAUACCGUUACCUAUGUACUAUGUACGCUAUAUAUGUAUACUAUACAUAUACACCAGCAAAAGAAAAAGGAAAAGGAAAACAAAGAAUGGGAAAAAGACUAACUACGUAAUCAAUGAGAAUUAUUACGAAAAACCUUGACACGUACAAGUACAAGACCUCGAUCCAUUAUGUCACAGGGUAUUCAUAAUUAAUCGAAAGAUCGUCAUUGGAAAAAGUUUGUCAAGUAUAAUAUCGACGAGAGACAGAGGUACGCACCAUAGCUGUUCGUAUCGAUUAUUCGCUAAUUUAUUCAUGCAGCCGUGUAGACGACGACGACGUCGCACUGCCCACGGCCGGUCGGUCGAUUCGCUCGAUUUCAUUCUCUAGCCACAUGCCAGACCCUUCGUUUAUAUAUUGCAUUAUAGUCGACGCAGAACCGUCGUGGCCGACACGACUUUUCGCAUGAUUCCCGAAACUUUCCGUCGAUCGUCGCGUUUCUUCCUUUCGUGCUCCUUUUAUCCCGAUCUUCCCCAAUGUCUGACGUCGAGGAGGACCUACUGGUAAAGAAGCUGAAGAUCGUGCUGGUCGGUGAUUCUGGAUCCGGCAAAGUGAGUUUUCUAAUGUUCCCGGUGUUCAACCGGAAGUGUAAUCCAAGUCCCAAGCGACAGUGUACUUUUUCUAGUCUUUUGUUUUUGCGUUAAUGCGAAGGUAACAAAAUAUCGAUUUGACUUUCGAUCGUACAUUUUUGAAAGGGUAUACACAUACGAAACGUCGAUGUAUUUGAUUAAAUUGUUUCGAGUUCAGAGUGCCUGAGCUUCGAAGAACCAAGCAA